AUGUCCAUGGGCAACUUGUGCCAAACCUUAUUGUCUUGCCCAUCGAUCGCGUACGAAACGAAACAGCUCCGCCAUGCGAGACUGGAUUGA